AUGUCGCCGAAACGCUGCCGGGGGGGCGGGGGGGGCUCGGGGCAGGGGGGGAGGAAGAGGAAGGAGACGGCGGCGGUGAGGAGGGGGGCGGGGGGCGCGGAGCACCCCAACAUCUGCGUGGAGUGCGGGCAGAGCUUCGCCCGCAGCGCCGCGCUGGCCGAGCACCGCGCUGACCACGGCAGCGGUCAGCGGGAUGGAGCCGGACACAGCGCUGACCACGGCAGCGGUCAGCGGGAUGGAGCCGGACACAGCGCUGACCACGGCAGCGGUCAGCGGGAUGGAGCCGGACACAGCACUGACCACGGCAGCGGUCAGCGGAGCGGCUCCGGACACAGCACUGACCACGGCAGCGGUCAGCGGGAUGGAGCCGGACACAGCACUGACCACGGCAGCGGUCAGCGGAGCGGCUCCGGACACAGCACUGACCACGGCAGCGGUCAGCGGAGCGGCUCCGGACACAGCACUGACCACGGCAGCGGUCAGCGGAGCGGCUCCGGACACAGCGCUGACCACGGCAGCGGUCAGCGGGAUGGCUCCGGACACAGCGCUGACCGCAGCAGUGGUCAGCGGGAUUGUGGCAGGGGUCAGCAGCGUGGAUCUGGCCAGAGGAGUGACCACAGCAGCGGUCAGCGAGGCAGCUCCGGACAGCCGGACAUCAGUGGGGACGGACAAGGAGUCGGCAGCGGUCAGCGGGAGCGCAGCAGUGACCAGUGGGAUGGCCAAAGAGGCAACCAUGGCAGCGGUCAGCGGGAUCGUGGCAGCGGUCAGCGGGGCAGCUCCGGACAGAGGAGUGACCCCACCAGCGGUCAGCGGGGCGGCUCCGGACAGAGGAGUGACCACGCCAGCGGUCAGCGGGGCGGCUCCGGACAGCGGGACCUCGAUGGGAACGGCCAAAGGGUCAACCACGGCAGCGGUCAGCGGGAUUGUGCCAGCGGUCAGUGGGGCGGCUCCGGACAGAGGAGUGACCACGCCAGCGGUCAGCGGGUCAGCUCCGGACAGAGGAGUGACCACACCAGCGGUCAGUGGGGCGGCUCCGGACAGCCGGACCCCGCCGGCGAUGACCGCACGGCCGAGCACGGCCCGCAGGCCCGCGGCGAUGACCGGCGGCUCAAGGCCGACCGCCGGCCCCAGACCAACGCCCGGCGUCCACUCGUCUGUCCGGAGCGCGGCCAGAGCCUCGUCCCGAGCUCCCACCCGCGCCGCCAGCGCCGCGCCCGCGCCGCGCCCGCCCGGCCCCACGAGUGCUCGGACUGCGGCAAGCGCCUGGAGGAGCCGCGGCGGCGCCGCGCCGGCCACGCCAAAGCCGCCGUCCCCAACACGUGCGGCGAGUGCUGGCAGAGCUUCGGGCAGAGCUCGGACCUGGUGAAGCACCUGCGCAUCCACACCGGCGAGAAGCCGUACGCCUGCGGCCACUGCGGCAAGCGCUUCAACGUCAGCUCCAACCUGAUCCGGCACCGGCGCAUCCACACCGGCGAGAAGCCGUACGGCUGCGGCGACUGCGGCAAGAGCUUCACCGACAAGUCCACGCUGACGCAGCACCGGCGCAUCCACACCGGCGAGAAGCCGUACGCCUGCGGCGUGUGCGGCAAGAGCUUCAGCCGCAGCUCGCACCACAAGCGGCACCAGCGCACGCACGCCGGCCUGGCCGGGCUCACCGGCGCCGUUACUGGUGCCGUUACUGGUGCUGCUGGUGGUUUUACUGGGGGUGGUACUGGUGGUACCGGUGCUGUUACUGGUGGUGCUGGUGGUGCCGGUGUCACCGGUGGCGUUACUGGUGUUGCUGGUGUUACUGGUGGUGUCACUGGUGUCACUGGUGUCACUGGUGUCACUGGUGUCACUGGUGUUACUGGUGUUACUGGUGUCACUGGUGUCACUGGUGUCACUGGUGUCACUGGUGUCACUGGUGUUACUGGUGUUACUGGUGUUACCGGAGUUACUGGUGUUACUGGUGUUACUGGUGUGGCCGCGGUGCUGCCGCCCAUCUGGGCCUACCCCAGCCAGGCUUGCUGAGGGGGGAGGUUUUGUGUAGG